UCUCUCUCUCUCUGUUCCUCUCCCACCAACUCUCUCAGCACUCCCGAAAUACAUCUGUUAUAUCUUCUAACUUAGUUGGGUAUUUUCCACCCUUCGUUUCUCACCACAUCCUAUUCUAUUUUCCAUUUUCUUCACCAUUGUUAAUCCAUCCUAACCCCAUUGCCCUCUCUCCUUGAGUAUUUCGAAGUAAUUAAUGUUUUCUAUUUAAGAGUAUCCCUAGAAGCAGAAAGAAAGGAAUAUGUUGCAGGCUGUGUAGAUGGGGUCUCGUUAUGCAUCACUGUGGUUUCCUUCAUUUAUUACUGUUUGUUUUGUUGGUAUCACAAUGGAGGAAUGUUGGUAACCCGUAACCGGGAGUGAGAGACACACCCAGAGAAUUUAAGGCAUUGGUGAGAGGGACGAGCAAGUAGGGAAUUAAUUUCACUGCUAUUUGUACCCACUUCUCCAACUGCUCAGCUUUGAUGGAGAGGCUUCAAGGACCCAUGAAUCCCUGUGUAUUUCUUUGGGGAGCAUUUGGAUGUGGAGGGUUUGGAACACGGAAGUAGUUUGGAGUUGGGUUACGGGCCAUUGCUCAGCACAGAGAGCCAGAGAUCUGAGGAAGAACAAGCACUUUUUUCAACUCCUAGUUUAGAGGACAGAAUGCCGUUUCUUCAGAUGUUACAAAGCGUGGAAUCUCCACCAUUUUCACCCUUUACAGAACCAAACUUUCAGGCACUUUUGAGAUUACAGCACCAAAAGAAGCCUUGGGGGAUGACCCACUUGACUGAGUUGGACUCUCGGAUUCAGGCACGGGAGCUUGAAAGCUGCAUCACCCACGACAUAUUGGAGAUGCAUUCUCCAGUCAAAUCCGAGACCAAGGAGCCUCAACAUCACCAGCAUUCAACUCCAUGUCUCGAGGGUACAAGCUCCGAGUGCAACCAGGACCAACCCAACUCAGCAGAGAAUGGUUGCUUAGACACAAAUUCAGGCUCUUCCCCGGCGUGGGUUCAGCCACAAACCAGGCAAAAACAGGCCCACUUGUCCAAAUCCCCACCCAUCACCCGGGAAAGAAGAAAGCGAAAGAGAACGCGGCCGACGAAGAACAAGGAAGAGGUGGAGAGCCAGCGUAUGACCCACAUUGCCGUCGAACGCAACCGGAGACGCCAAAUGAACGACCAUCUCAACGCCCUCCGCUCCCUCAUGCCGACCUCCUACAUUCAAAGGGGUGACCAAGCGUCCAUUAUUGGGGGUGCAAUCGACUUUGUGAAAGAGCUUGAACAACUGCUUGAAUCCCUACAAGCCCAAAAAAGAAUGAGGAGAAGUGAAGAAGGCGGUGACGCCUCCACAAACUCCUCCUCAUCCUCCCCAAAAAUUGCGUCCAAAGGGUUAUGCACCCAACACAGAUUUGCUCCAGACGAAAGCAAUUCUGCCGAGGGAGGAAGGAGCGAAGAAUUCACAUUCACAGCGGACAACAAGUCUGCAGCGGCGGACAUAGAAGUCACCGUCAUUCAAACGCAUGUGAAUUUGAAAAUUCAGUGCCCAAGAAGGCCCGGCCAGUUGCUUAAGGCCAUUGUAGCCCUUGAAGAUCUCAGUCUAACAGUGUUGCACCUCAACAUCACCUCAUUACAAAGCACAGUCCUUUACUCCUUCAAUCUCAAGAUAGAAGACGACUGCAAGCUAGGUUCAGCAGAUGAGGUAGCAGCAGCAGUCCAUCAAGUAUUCAGCUUCAUCAAUGGCAGCAGCUGAUGGGUCAAAGAUUCAAGGGGUGAGCAAGCUCAGCAAGCAGCACAUAUUAAAUAUAUAUUUUUUUGGAGAGUGAACAGAAAAAAUGAGGGGAUGGGGAAGAGUGCGCACUCCCUACUAUUGUCUGCAUCCAUGCCUUGUAGUUGUGAUAAGCAGUCCAGAAUGCAGAUGAUGUCUACUGCUUAACUCACAACUAAUAUUUUUUUUUUUCUUUUUUUACUCUUUGGACAUUGUUUUUCUUUUAACUUUUGGGGAUGGGCUGUUGGUGCAGCUGGGGGUCCACUUGUUUGAGUUUUCUUCUAAUCUCAUCAUUACUCAGGAAUGAUGCUUCGCUUUUUAAAUUGACUUUGGGCUGUCCUCAGUUCUUUAGAGGUUUGCUGUA